AUGUUAUAGACUAUUAAUCAGGUCCCAAAACAAGUGCUGUUAGAAUUUUAUAAUUUAAGCAAAUUAUAAGUUUAAUACUUAUACGACGUUUUAGAGAAUGAUUUAGAUACGCUUUAUAGAGUUCUGCAUAGCAUUAAACGAACAGAAUAGAUAGAUAAGCUAAUUGAGGAAUUAGGUUAGUAACACCAACAGCAAGGCCUGCUGAAAUCGAUGACAUACGGUAAUUUAAAAGAACUUAAGAAUUUUUUAAAAUAAAGAAUCAGUUUUGAAAAUUUGAUCAGCUCCCUCGAAAGACUGAAUUAGGAUGAAGAAAUCCAAAAGUUGAAGGAGCUUAAAGAAUUAGAGAGACCAAUAAUACAGUAGGACAGCAGAUUCCUAGAAUUGCCACUCUACAUACAUCUAAUAGUAAUGGACUUUCUCGAUCCCUUGUCCUUACACAAGACUAGAUUAGUGUGUUUGAAAAUGAAUGAUAUUUUCAAUGUUCCCUAGAUUAGUGAUAAGUUUUAUUAGAAGUUUUGUAGAGCAUUAUUUGACUAAAUUGAAAUACAACCUAAUUUAAUGAAUCCCUUUGAUAAAACAAGGAAGUACAUUAAUGAAAACUUACAUCUAUUUGAAUCAGACUUAUAGCUCAUUAAUUCAAUGAACCAGAAUCCAAGUUAAACGAUUUGGAAUAAUUGGGGCAAUCCUUAAUAAAAUAUCUUAAACUAUUAAGAAUUACGUCAACAUUAUUAAUCGCAUAAAGAUAUGUAUGAUUAAUAAUUGAGAUUAAAUUACUGUGGUAUAUAUGCUAUGAAGGAAUAUUACAUCAAAUAUGGAGAGGCUUAAUUUUAACAGACAAGUGCUCCCUGUUAUAGAGUAGAUUUCUUUAGAUAUAUUCGAUUUUGGAGAGACGGCACAUUUACAAUGUACAUUUCUUCGAAAAAAUUGACAAAGACCGAAAUAUAUGAAUAUUUUAGAUCUCCCGAGAUUGGCAUUAUCCCAAAACAAGGGUUUUAGAAGCAUACGCAAUUUGAAGACUGUUUUUUGAGGGGAGAAUACAGAGUAGUACUUGACGAAGUCCAUGUAAUAGCAGCCAGAUAGAGCACAACAUUUCAAUAUAUUUAUAAAAUUAAGAAUUAUCAGAACAAACAUCCAGGUAAUGUUCUGUUAUAACAAUCUGGAUAAAUGCAUACUUUUGGAGAUACUUAUAGAUAAGAUAUAGGGGACAGCUAAAAGAGAAAGCACUUCAUCUACAAACAUCUUGAGGAGUUUAGAUAAGAAUUGCAUGACGAAUUAUACGGUUGGAAAAAUGUCGUCUAUUGA